GGAGGCGACAGCUGCCCGGCCCGGGGAGCGCGGCAGAGGGGGCUGCAGCGCCCGGGCGGCGGCGGCGGCGGCGGGCCGCUCGGGAUGUUCCCGGGCACUUCCUGACUGGCUGGCAGCGCGCACACGGUCCGACUCGCACGUCUCCGGGCCCCCGGCCGCUCGCUCGCCGGCUCGCGCGGGCCCGCUCUGCGUCGGCCGCGCCGCGGUGGAGGCGCGCGAGGGGGACGCGGCCGGGGAUGAGCUGACUGCGGGGGAAUACGCCGCCGCCUGGCCCCGGGAGGCCGCGAGGAGCCGCUUUUCUCCGAGUCGCCGCCCUGCCCUUGGAUUUGAAAUCAUGUCCAUUCACAUCGUGGCGCUCGGGAACGAGGGGGACGCGUUUCACCAGGACAAUCGGCCGUCGGGGCUCAUCCGCACUUACCUGGGGCGAAGCCCGCUGGUCUCGGGGGACGAAAGCAGCUUGUUGCUGAACGCCAGCAGCACGGUCGCACGUCCCGUGUUCACCGAGUAUCAGGCCAGCGCGUUUGGGAAUGUCAAGCUGGUGGUCCACGACUGUCCCGUCUGGGACAUUUUUGACAGUGAUUGGUAUACCUCUAGAAAUCUUAUUGGGAGUGCCGACAUCAUUGUGAUCAAAUACAACGUAAAUGACAAGUUUUCAUUCCACGAAGUAAAGGAUAAUUAUAUUCCAGUCAUUAAAAGGGCCUUAAAUUCAGUUCCUGUAAUCAUUGCUGCUGUUGGCACCAGACAAAAUGAAGAACUACCUUGUACAUGCCCGCUGUGUACCUCAGACAGAGGGAGUUGUGUCAGUACAACCGAAGGGAUCCAACUUGCUAAAGAACUAGGAGCCACCUACCUUGAACUGCACAGCCUUGAUGACUUCUACAUAGGAAAGUAUUUUGGAGGAGUGUUGGAGUAUUUUAUGAUUCAAGCCUUAAAUCAGAAGACAAGUGAAAAAAUGAAGAAAAGGAAAAUGAGCAACUCGUUUCAUGGAAUUAGACCACCUCAGCUUGAGCAACCAGAAAAAAUGCCUGUCUUAAAGGCUGAAGCAUCGCAUUAUAACUCUGAUUUAAAUAAUUUGCUGUUCUGCUGCCAGUGUGUGGAUGUGGUAUUUUACAACCAAGAUUUAAAGGAAGUUGCCGAGGCCCACAAGAUUGUUCUCUGUGCCGUAAGCCAUGUUUUCAUGCUGCUUUUCAAUGUGAAGAGUCCCACUGACAUUCAGGAUUCCAGUAUCAUCCGUACCACCCAGGACCUCUUUGCUAUAAACAGAGAUACUGCAUUUCCAGGUGCUAGCCAGGAUUCUCCAGGCAACCCACCAUUACGUGUUGUCGUUAAGGACGCCCUCUUCUGUUCUUGUUUAUCGGACAUUCUGCGCUUCAUUUAUUCAGGUGCUUUUCAGUGGGAAGAAUUGGAAGAAGAUAUCAGGAAGAAAUUGAAAGAUUCUGGGGAUGUUUCAAAUGUAAUUGAGAAAGUGAAAUGCAUUUUGAAAACACCAGGGAAGAUAAAUUGUCUAAGGAACUGCAAAACUUAUCAAGCCAGAAAACCUCUGUGGUUUUAUAACACUUCCCUGAAAUUUUUCCUUAAUAAACCAAUGCUUGCUGAUGUUGUCUUCGAAAUACAAGGUACAACAGUGCCAGCGCACAGGGCCAUCCUGGUGGCCCGUUGUGAAGUGAUGGCAGCCAUGUUUAAUGGGAAUUACAUGGAAGCAAAGAGUGUUCUGAUUCCAGUUUAUGGUGUUUCCAAAGAGACUUUCUUGUCAUUCUUAGAAUAUCUAUACACAGACUCCUGUUGCCCAGCUGGCAUUUUUCAGGCUAUGUGUCUCCUGAUCUGUGCUGAGAUGUAUCAGGUGUCCAGACUGCAGCACAUCUGCGAGCUGUUCAUCAUCACACAGCUGCAGAGCAUGCCGAGCAGGGAACUGGCCUCAAUGAACCUGGAUAUAGUUGACCUGCUAAAAAAAGCCAAGUUUCACCACUCCGAGUGCCUCUCAACCUGGCUGCUCCAUUUCAUCGCCACGAACUACCUCAUCUUCAGCCAAAAGCCUGAGUUUCAGGAUCUUUCAGUGGAAGAACGCAGUUUUGUUGAAAAGCACAGAUGGCCAUCGAAUAUGUACUUGAAGCAGCUUGCGGAAUACAGGAAGUAUAUUCACUCCCGGAAAUGUCGUUGCUUAGUAAUGUAACCCAGAGCUUUUAUAUACAUACACUUUUUAUUAUUAUUAUUAUGAAGAGGAAUGGGAUACCUCUGUGUUCCAGUAAGAUUCUGUGACUGAAACCGAUAUGGGCGUUAAAAAUAAUUACCAUACAGCUCAAUGUGUUUGUUCUCUGGAAAAACAAAACAACAACAAAAAAAACUACUAUUGUGAUCUUAAAAGGGAACAAAAUAUACUGUAGGCUAAAACUAAGGCAUCAUCACCCUAGUCUAUAAAGCUGUUGUACAGCUACUUUUUCCCUUUAAGAUGCCCUGUUGCUUUAGUGAUACUAGUACCCUUCCCAGUUAAGAAAUGUUUAAAUUAAGAAAAAAAAUCAUGUAGGAUUAAUUUUAAAAUUUCAUCAUGUCUGAUUAAUUGUUCUAUUAAAAUAAAGGGCAUUUUAAAGACCCAGUAGGACUAUUUCAAUAAUGAAAAAUCUAGGGUAAAGCUGAUCAGUCUGAAAUUUUAAGAAAUAGAAAGUUGCAUGGAAUUUUGAAAGUGAAAUGCCAUGUGGUUUCAAAUCACUAACAAGUUUUGAACCAUCGUGAAAAAAAAAUUAUUUUUCUGUGGAUAACCCAGCUGAGCCACCUUGUCUCCUCUCUGGAUUCUGACUGGGCAGGAGAACCUACACAGGGCUGGCUGUAAGGCCAUGUAACCUUUGUAGUCACAAGGGCCCAUGCUUGGUUCAAUGCUCUGCCAUUGCCAUCUUGAAAUUCUUAAUAAUAUUUAAAGAAAGGCUCUGCAUUUUCACUUUGCACUAGGCCCCCAAAUUAUGUGCAUCUCCUGGUAGGAUAUGUACUGUAUUUUCAUGCUCAAACGUCAUUCUCUCUGAAAGCAAAAAAGAGUCAUUGACAUCAAGGGAAGAGAAGGAGGCUUGCUGGAAGGAAAAGAUCACAUGGGGUUUCCCAUCCUUGAGGAAGUCUAUAUCACUGAGGGCCUCUGCUGCCACCUCCAUGGGCAAGGGAGGCGUGCCUUGUGUUGUCUCCGUGUUGGAACACUCACAGCUCUGGCUCCGUAACAGCUGAACAAAUGCUUUCUUGAUCAUUCUGAGACCAGGAUGUGAGUAAAAGUGACUGACCGGUGUGGCUUUAAUGCACAUUUAUAAAGAUGCUCAUAGGAAGAGAUGCUUUCUAGAGAAUUUGUAAUCAAAGACUCAAGAGUUUUUUAAUAACUUACUAAGCUUAGGAUGUCAGCAGCUUGAAUUGUUUGAAUUCUGAGGACCGAAGGUUAUUUAAUGAGGAGUAGCCUAAACCUUGUCCUUCAAGAUAACCUAGUAAGUUAAAAGAAAGGCUAUAAAUCAGACUCAUUACAUGUAGAGAAACUAGUACUAGGAUAGGAUUAUAGUUUCUCUUGUAUCACAUGUCAACAGAAAUAAUUACAUCAGAAGCUCACAAGCCGAGAGAUGGAAUACCAGAUUACUAUUUACUGUCAACAUCAUUUUCAUUUGUAAUUCCGUAUUGGUAUAUAAUUUUCUUUUUAUUCCUAAUGACUUUCGAGGACACCUAGUUUUUCCAGCUACUCAAAGGUUUAAUUAAACAGUUUUAUACCAUAGUAUUAGACAUAAUACUAUACAGUUAGUCCUUGGAUGUAUAUCAGCACUGUUAGAGUAAGACCGUAAAAAUGCCCUAUAUAUAUAUAUCUUCUAAGAAACCUGAUUUUAAUUAGAUUGUAUUGAUGAAGGUUACUGGAAUGCAUUUUAUGUUUUUUGCAUUUUGAUCAGUUGAGUUAAUCAACUAUUGGCAAAUCCCGUUUGGCAAAGAUAAGCAUUGUAAAGAAUAAAUACUAUAGUAGAUAUCUAGAAAUUCAUAUUUAAAGUCUUUUAAAACACAAUGAUAGUCUUAUGUUCUUCCUAAGUGUAGUUUUACCCCUGUGUGAAUUACAGCACUUAAAAUUCUAAAUUAGUAACUUUUAAUCUAGAAAAUUGAAAAAAUAUUAAGUUCUAAAGCAAAAUAAAGUAUUUCUCGAAACUACUGUCUAACAUUUACAAAGACCAUAGAUACUUUUUAGGUUGUUUGACCUGAGUGGGAGUUAGGAUUGAAGCUGGUGCUCUGGAGUAUUGAGCAUGUAGUUUUUAUUAUGAAAGUUCU